GUAUUUUUCGUACGCUCUUGCAACUCUGGUGAAGUUUUCUCUCUCUUGACCAUUUUAGCAAAAAUAUUUUGGUUUGUGAUAGGGAUAGAUUAUUUUACCUUUAAAAUAUCAGUAUUAUUCAUGGUUGAGAUUAUAGUUGAAUAAAGGCGGAAGAAUCUUGAAAUCACUAAUCAAUCUUUAAAUUUCAAUACGUAUUCAAAUAAGGGGUGCAUCAUGGAGCAAAUACCGUACGCCUGGUUGCUAAUUGGCGCCGGUGCCUUUUGGCUUUUCAGGAUUUAUAUGCAGGGUGGUAAAUAUCGAAAAAAUACCACGGCUUUAGGGAAAGUGGUAAUCGUCACAGGAGCAAACACUGGCAUUGGGAAAGAGACGGUCCGCGAACUUGCUAAGCGUGGAGCCACUGUCUAUAUGGCCUGUCGCGAUAUGAAAAAAUGUGAAGAGGCCCGACAAGAACUAAUUAAAGACACAUGUAAUAAAAAUAUACAUGGCGUGAAGCUAGAUUUGGCUUCCAUUAAAUCAAUAGAAGAGUUCGCUGAUAAUUUCAAGAAACUCGAAUCGCGUCUAGACAUUCUAAUCAACAACGCUGGAAUUAUGGCCUGCCCAUACAUGGUUACUGAAGACGGUUUCGAAAUGCAGAUUGGUGUUAACCACUUAGGCCAUUUCCAUUUAACUAAUUUGCUUCUCGAUUUGUUAAAGAAAUCCGCUCCCAGUCGAAUAGUGGUGCUAUCAAGUUUAGCACAUGCAAUGGGCCCAUUUAAAAAAAAUGAUUUCCUCAGUGAACAUUCGUACAAUCCUUCAAAAGUGUAUUCACAUAGUAAAAUUGCCAAUAUUUUGUUCGCUCACGAAUUGGCCAAACGUUUACAAGGCACUAAAGUGACUGUUAAUUCAUUGCAUCCUGGUGUUGUCGAAUCAGAAUUAAUGCGGUACAAUUCAAUAAUUAAUAAACCGAUUUUAAGUUCUAUUGCAAAUGGUUUGAAAUGGCCAUUUUUCAAAACAACGCCGAACGGCGCUCAAACUACCAUAUAUGCUGCUCUGGAUCCGGACUUGGAAUUUGUUAGCGGGACUUAUUUCAGCGACUGUCAGCCAAAAAAAACUACUUCAGUUGCUCGCGAUGAUGAGUUGGCUAAGUGGUUGUGGAAUGAAAGUGAUCGCCUUAUCAAAUUGAGAUUAGCGCAAUUGGAUUUGAAGUAAAAUAUACUCGUAUCUAGAAUGGCAGUAAAUAUAAAUAUGUCCAUAUUUCUUGCAAUGUACUGCAUGUUUUGCAGAUUUAGUCGAAAAUAACUGCAUAAUUUUAUUCGGAGAACAAACUGCAUAUAUUAUUGAGUAAAAAAUUAAAUUUAAUAUUCUAUCAAAUCUUCUUAACCUUUUCGCGAUAUUGUUGCCAUAUGGCAACAGUAAACUUUAAAAGGACGUCAACACUCUCUUGUAAAAAAUAUCAACUUUUUUGUUACAUAUGUUGAAGUUUAAUGGUUAAACAGAAAUAAAAUAAAUAAUAACCGCCCAUUAUAGGUAUAUCGGUAAUACAAUAUUUUUAAAGAAAGCCUUUUGGCAUAUAGCACUUCACUCUGAAAUUUGUAUUUUGCAUUUUUAGAUUUUUGAGGCAUUUUGGGCAAAUGUUUUCAACAAUUUUUGAAUAAAGUAUAUAGAAAAAUGUUCAAUCUGUCAUUUGGCAUAUAAAUAUUUUUUCGCUCGCAGCUUUAAAAGCUGUGCUAAUUUUUAAAACUAAGCUUGUUGCCAUAUGGCAACAAAUUUCUCGUAAGGUGUUAACUUGCAUUAGAUUGCAGAAGAAGUUUAUUUGCGAUUGAAACCAAUACAAAACAUUUGUUGCCAUAUGGCAACAUUAAAAAAAGCACUUAACAAAAAAAAUAAAAAUAAAAAUUUAUUCGUAUUGUUAUUGGUCCUAAAAUAAAUACUCAGACAAAAAUUUGGAUUUUUUGGAUGGCGCAAUAAAAAGAUGUAGCGAAAGGGUUCAUAAUACUA